GGUGUGCCGGUAGGAGGAGUCUGUGUCCUGUCUUCCGCGUUCCCCCCCUCCGGUUCUCUCCUCCGGUCUGACGGCACCGUACACAGCCACCCGGUGCACGGUUGUGUGCCCUCUCCCUCUCCGUUGUCUUAAUACAGGGAUUAUAAGGGAGUUGAACAACAUUCUGCCGCCGUCCCGGCUCCCCGCCUCAUCCAUGCAUUGGAGUCCUGGGCCCCAGUGCACCGGCUCCGGCUCCAGCCAUGUCGGCCAUGAAUGCAGCGGCUGGCGGCGGUGACAGAGCGGGAGGCGAACCGGCAGAAGAUGUGCUGGUUGAGGAAAACCAAAGCGGUUCUGUGUCUUUGUCCAGCAUGAUGACCUCCUCCUCAGCUGCUGGCAUGUCGUUGAGCUUGGAGAUGCCCCGGAAACGCAAGGGCAGCGUGGACAACCAGGACACAAAAUCUGGUUCCAUCCCUGACGUUGAUAUGGAAGACGAUGGGUCAGAUGGAGAUGACCAACAUGUCAAAAUUAAAUGCUUCAGGGAACCACACAGCCAAAUUGAGAAGAGGAGACGGGACAAAAUGAACAAUCUCAUCGACAAACUAUCAGCCAUGAUCCCUACUUGCAACCCCAUGUCCCGUAAACUGGACAAACUCACUGUGCUCAGAAUGGCUGUGCAGCACCUCAAAUCUCUCAAAGGUUCAUCAAGUUCUUUUUCUGAAGUCAACUACAAACCAUCGUUCCUUCCCAACGAGGAGCUCAAACACCUUGUCCUCAAGGCUGCAGAUGGGUUCCUGUUUGUAGUGGGCUGUGAUCGUGGGAAAAUAGUUUUUGUCUCGGAGUCCGUCACGAAGAUAUUAAAUUAUAGUCGGGCGGAGCUGAUUGGACAGAGCCUGUUUGAUUACAUACACCCAAAGGACAUGGGAAAAGUGAAGGAGCAGCUGUCAGCUUCUGAAUUAUACCCUCGUGAACGACUAAUAGAUGCUAAAACCGGUCUGCAGGUCCAGGCUGACCUCCCAGUCGGUGCAUCACGGCUGUGUUCAGGCGCACGCCGCUCAUUCUUCUGCCGCAUGAAGUACAACAAAAUCUCUGUCAAGGUGGAGGAGAAGGAAUUCCAAGCAGGCACCUCCAAAAAGAAAGAGUCACAGAAGUACUGCACCGUCCACUGUACAGGCUACAUGCGCAGCUGGCCUACCAGUCAGCUGGGAGCAGAUGGGGAGGGCGAGGCAGACAAGCAGGAUAGCUCUCACUUCAGCUGCCUGGUGGCGGUAGGACGCGUCCACUCCCACUCAUCUCCCCAGAUAAAUGGAGAGGUCCGAGUUAAACCCACAGAGUUCAUCACACGCUAUGCCAUGGAUGGAAAAUUCACCUUUGUCGAUCAAAGAGCAACAACCAUUCUUGGUUAUCUUCCCCAAGAAUUGCUGGGUACGUCAUGCUAUGAGUACUUCCAUCAAGACGACUUACCACAUUUAGCAGACAGACAUCGAAAAGUGCUGCGGAGUAAAGACAAAAUAGAGACAAACUGCUAUAAGUUCAAGACAAAAUACGGCUCUUUCGUCACUCUGCAAAGUCAGUGGUUUAGUUUUGUAAAUCCCUGGACCAAAGAAGUAGAAUACAUAGUGUCAACUAACACAGUUAUAUCGUAUGAUAACAGUCGAACCAGUCGGUCGGGAAACAAGUCUGAACAGUCGAGAAAUUCCAAGACUUCUGAAGAAGAUGGCAAGAAGUCCCUUCCAGUCAUACCAGGUAUCUCCACUUCACCUGGAGCUAUGAUUUAUGCUGGAAGCAUAGGGACCCAGAUCGCCAAUGAGCUGCUGGAUUUCAACAGGAUGAACUCGUCACCCUCCAGUGGCAGCGUCAGCCCGUUCAGUGGACCCCAGGAUAAGUGUCCACAAGCUCACAAUCAACUCAGCAACAAUGUGCCAAACGGAGAGGCAACAGACAUGGAGAUCCCAGCAAAGUCCAGCUCAGAGGAUGAGCCCCAAGGAGCUGCAUUCUCAGGAGGAGACACACUCAUGGGGGAGAAUUCCCAGCUGGAUCUGGACAGCGUGGUUGGACCGGGCCUUAGUAGUCUUAGCAAUGACGAAGCAGCCAUGGCAGUGAUCAUGAGCCUCCUGGAGACAGACACAAACUUGGGCGAGGCUGUGGACUUUGAAGAGAUGCACUGGUCUUUAUAAAACCUGCUCUUAUAGUGUGGUGCUGUAGCACACUAAAAAACACUCGGACCAUCAUUUUUGUGAUGAGAACUUCUUGAAUGCUCACUCUAAGAAACAGCAUUCCUUUUUGUCAAAGGACUUUUUAUUUAUUAGUUACUGUUUUUUCCACAUAAGCUGUGUAGUCUUCGUGUGGCUGCUCUAACAGGGAGCUGGAUCGAUGACAAUAAGGGACACCCGCUUUCCCUCUUCAGAAGGAGGAUGUGCCUCUAAAGCCUUACAGCGGUCUGCCUGCCCUGAAACGCUGUUCCUCAAUGCUUUCCUCAAAUCUACUGUCAUCCUCUGUUUACCUGAAGAGGCCUCACAAGGUCGAAGAACCCAUGAACACAAAUGUCAGUGACAUGAUAUAUGAUCAUGACGGCUCGGGAUUCUCUCCUCCACCUACAUUUGAACAAAGGUUGGGAGUGACGAUGCAAAAAAAGAAAAAAUUUGCACUGAACCGAUUUCAUGUUUUUUUUUAAAGGUUGUAAUUUGAUUAGGUACUGUAUGUUUAAUUAAAAUACGAGGAAGACACCUUGACAA